UCAGGCUUCUCUCUGUAUAUAUGUACAAGUACUGAAGUACCUUAUACCGAAGUUCUGCAAGGUUAGGUGACAAAAAUGCUUUUGGUAUACACUAGCUGUGUUUCGAUAUUUUGCCAGUACUGGAAAUCUAAACACAUGUGACGUGAAAUCGCAGAUUUCUAUAUUAUAUUUCUCUAAUAUAGAAAUCUGUGCGUGAGAUUCUUUUACAUCUAAUGAGCGAUAAAGUGCACGAGUGGUGUUUCUGAACGCAGUGCAUCACAACAUUUAAUAACAACGCUUUGUAGUUGGUUCCAACUACAAAAUUGUAGACGCUGGAAUACGAGCGAUAAAUGGAAGUCAUCAUAUGAUUCUCCUUAAAAAAAAACUUUGUUCAGCGGCAUGUGAAAUUUUAUCUUUACAGAUAAGAUCUAAUUUCGCCUAAAAUUGAGUUAGACGCAAUACCGAAACAAAAGAAAAAAUAUAGUGCCAUGAUGGAUCUUGGGAAACAACAAGUGUUUGAAGUAGGAAAUAUCGAUGAAAAAAUUGAUCUUUCAUUGCCUCCUACUUCGGGGGAAGAAUAUAUCAAACGAGUAGUAAUAGAAGCCCAGAGUUGUGCGGACACAGUUGUAGCUGAUUUAGAUACAUCAAUUAUUAAAAAAAUACCAAUAAGUUAUUGUAAACUUUUACCAGGAUGUGUCGAAGCACCAUCAGGUCUCAGCCCAACAUUAGAAUGGCAACAACUUCAAGUUUCCAAUUUUUCUGAUGUAAGACUAUAUGUGAGCCAAUUGAAAAAUGAAGUAAAAACAAAUAAACGCAAGUGGACAGCAUCUUCUAUUAAGCUGCCAGACAUAAAGGAUCAGCAAGGUUGGAUCAAAUUUUGUAACGGUGGAGUGGUGGAUCCCACAUUGGAUAUUGUAUUUUGUUUCACUCAAGCACUCGCGGAACAAUUGCUGGAGUAUCUGACGGAGUGGGUGGAAACUGAGAGAAUACUAUCUUACCAUAUAGGCCAGUGGAUCUAUGCUUUACUUGUUAUCUUGGAGGAACCGUUAUUUCCCGAUACAUGCUUUACUUUACGCUCGCUAGCACGAGUGUGUUCAGCUCUUCGCGCUGAACAACGUCUCCCGUUCACGUAUGACUCAGACUUAAGGGCGCUAAAUCUAUUCAUCUGUCUGGUGGCGAGGUACUUCCGUCAGUUGGACCUGGCAGAUCAUUGACAUAUCUUUUGUCAUA